AAGCUGAAAAUGAUGAACCCUACUCCCAAUGGUUACAGUAGUAUUCCUAAUCACAAACCUAAGCCCGAAGGGCAAGAUACUGUUAAAAAACAUCAUGAUGAUAAUAAAAAUUCUAAUUCGGAGCACCACAAGCACAGUUCUGACCAUGUAAAGAAGAAAGAGGGUGAUCCUUUAAAGCAUAAACAUUCUAGUUCUCAUUCAAAACCCAAAGAUACUUCCAAAGACUCUAAUGUAAAAAGUGAUAUUAAAAAAGAGCAUCAUAGUGACAAAGAAAAAAAGCAUCAUAGUUCGUCAAAUAAAGACAGUUCAAAAACCAAAGAAAGCAGUAAUAAACAUUUAGAUCAUUCUAAGCACAAUUCUAUCAAAAAAGAAGAUAAGUCGAAAACUGUGGACUCUGUGAAAAAAGAGCACAGUAAUUCUGAUGGACAACCAAAAUCUGACAACUUCAAAGAAAAUGAGAAGGUAAAAGACAGUAGCUUGAAAGAAAGCAAACACAAGGAUUCAAAGGAGAAGCAUAAAGAGAAACAUAAAGAUUCAAAAGACAAAGUACAUAAAGAAAAAUCAAAGGAAAAAAGUGACAAACCGAAGCAUGAAUCGUCUGAAAAGAGCAAAGAAAAACAUGGAGAGAAACACAAAGAUAAAGAUAAACAUGGAGAAAAACAUAAAGAGAAACUUGGUGAAAAACAUAAAGAAAAAAGUGAAAAAGUUAAGGUAGAAAAACCUGAAAAAGAAAAGCCUAAGAUAAAAUCUAAUGAAUCUGAUCAAGAUGGUUAUUUUUCGCCUGCAAGAAAUUCUGUAGCAGAGAAAACAGAUGUAAAUAUUAAAGAGGAGCCAUUGAGUGAGGACGAUAUGCCUUUAGCUAACCGUAAGCCAUUGAAAGUGACAAAACCAGAGAAAAAAAGUGAAGAUUCCCAUACAGCAAAACCUAUAAAAAAGGAACCAGAAGAUUCAUUUGAAAGAAAAACUGUGAAAAGGGAAGCUGAUGACUCGGAUGAUGAACCUCUUGCUUUAAGGAAAGAGAAGAAGAAGUUAAAGACAGAAAAAGAAAAAGCUCAGAAGAAAAGGAAAGCUGAAAGUGAAGAUGAAGAUUAUGAUACAAAAAAGCCUCUCAAAAAGGUAAAAAAAGAAAAGCCUUCUCAAAAGCCAAAGCAAGAAGCAGAAACUGGGAGCCCAAAAAAGAGAGUAAAAAAAGAAGAAGAGCAAGAGGUUUGGAAAUGGUGGGAAGAAGAAAAACUUGAAGAUGGUGUAAAAUGGAAAACUCUUGAACACAAUGGCCCUGUCUUUCCACCUCCAUAUGAACGUGUUCCAGACAAUGUUAAAUUUUACUAUGAUGGCAAACCUAUGAAAUUAAGUGAACUGGCUGAAGAAGUAGCUGGCUUUUAUGGUAGAAUGCUUGAUCAUGAAUAUACCACAAAGGAUGUCUUCAAUAAUAAUUUCUUCAAAGAUUGGAGGAAGGUCAUGACACCUGAAGAAAGAGAGAUUAUUAAAGACUUAAAGAAGUGUAAUUUCAAAGACUUCGAUGUAUAUUACAAACAAAAAUCUGAAGAAAGAAAAAAUAUGAGUAAAGAGGAAAAAGCUGAAAUAAAAAAACAGAAUGAAGAAUUGACUGCAAAAUAUGGUUUCUGUAUAAUUGAUGGUCACAAGCAAAAGAUUGGCAACUUUAAAAUUGAGCCUCCAGGUUUAUUCAGAGGACGUGGAGAGCAUCCUAAAAUGGGGAUGUUAAAACGACGUGUUGAAGCUGAAGAUAUAAUGAUCAAUAUUGGAAAGGAAGCGAAAGUUCCGGAACCACCUCCAGGUCACAAAUGGAAAGAAGUUCGUCAUGAUAAUACGGUUUCAUGGUUAGCCAGUUGGUCCGAAAAUAUUCUUGGGUCUACAAAGUACAUCAUGUUGAAUCCAAGCUCAAAAUUAAAAGGAGAGAAAGAUUGGCAGAAAUAUGAAACAGCUCGUAAAUUGAAAGCUCAUGCAGACAGAAUAAGAGCAGAAUAUACAAGAGAUUUUAAAUCUAAAGAAAUGAAAGUGAGACAGAGAGCUGUUGCACUGUAUUUUAUAGAUAAACUUGCAUUGAGAGCUGGAAACGAAAAAGAUGAGGAUACUGCCGACACAGUAGGUUGUUGUUCUUUACGAGUUGAGCACAUUACUUUGGAUGAAGAAAAAGAUGGUCAAGAAUAUGUUGUCAGUUUUGACUUCUUAGGUAAAGAUUCCAUCAGAUAUGUAAAUUCUGUUCCUGUUGAAAAGCGAGCUUUCAAAAAUCUGAAGCUUUUCAUGGAAAAUAAACAGCCUGGUGAUGACUUGUUUGAUCGCUUGAAUACUGCAAUUCUGAACAAAUACCUGAAUGAUCUCAUGGAAGGCUUGACUGCCAAAGUCUUCCGUACCUACAAUGCAUCUAAAACGUUGCAAGAGCAGUUGGAUCUGUUGACUAAAGAGGAUAUGUCAUUACCGGAGAAACUGCUAGCAUACAAUCGAGCAAAUAGAGCCGUAGCUAUUCUUUGCAACCAUCAACGGGCUGUUCCUAAAGGAUUCUCCAAGAGCAUGGAAAACCUCAAAGCUAAGAUUGAUGAUAAAUUAAAGCAAAUAAAAGAAUUCAAAAAAGAAUUAAAGGAAGUUAAGCAAGCAGCUAAGAAUGGCAGUUCUAAGGACAAAGUGCUGUAUGAUAAAAAGAAGAAAAGACUUGCACAACUGGAAGAACAGUUGAAAAAAUUAGAAGUUCAAGUGACUGAUAAAGAAGAAAACAAGCAGAUAGCAUUAGGAACAUCCAAAUUAAAUUAUUUGGACCCCAGAAUUAGUGUUGCUUGGUGCAAGAAAUGGGGUGUUCCUAUCGAAAAAAUAUAUAACCGCACACAAAGAGAUAAAUUCAGGUGGGCAAUUGAAAUGGCCGGACCCGAUUAUAAGUUUUGAUGUCGACUGGUCAGCCUCAUGCAUUACCGUAACAGGGGCUGACAUCAUGUUAGCUGAAUAUGAAGAAAAAGUGUCUUGCCUUCAUCUCUAUGUACAAUUAAAUCAUGUGUGUAGCCAUCUAGAAACUUUAGAAAAGGGACACUUGACGGGCAUCAUUCCACGUCUGCAGCCUAGCUGCCAGUGUAUAAUAUCAGCCAUCUUUUUUGUGUAAUCCAAAGGAGGAUUGGGCCCUUAGUGGUCUUUGUGUAACUUUCUCUUUUGUACUGAGGAAUCUUGGACGUAGCUGAUUGUACCAAAUGCAUCCCUAUGCUGCUUAUGUUUAAUGGGAAUAUUUAUUUAUUAUGUGGAAUUAUUCCAAAUUUGUGUUUUGUUGGCUUAGGUUUGUCUGUGCAUUAUAUAUAUAUAUAUAUAGUAUAUGUAUUUAUUUAGUCAAAUCGUAGUGACAUGAACUGUAGGCAUACAGUCAAUGAUCGAAAGUCAUUUUUACAUUCAGAUCCAUAAAUUGGACUUAGCUUGGCUAAUGAUUCAUAAGCAACUUGAUGUAUUUCAGACUUGGAGAUUAACACCAUGACUAAUUGCUUGUGAAGCACAGGCCCUUGGUAGACUGGCAUAAAUUUUGUGACUUUUUCCAAUAUGUAUCAAUAUAACAUUUUUGUUAGCACCUAAAUUGCAUCCUCUUUUUUAAUGCAUUUUAGCCAUAUUAAUGGGAUAAAUGUUAGUAUCACAUCAUUUGGGAAUCAUGAAAAAAUCAUUUUUGUCAUUCUUUAUUUUACUUUCAUGGAUUGUUAAAAUUUUAUUGCAUAUUACGACCUUAUCACUUUGCAAUGAAGUUGAAUCUGAUGUUUGCUUGUGGAGUGUGUAAAUUGCCUUAUAUUUAUUACUCUUUUUACCAAGAGAAUAUCUGUAUGUGAAUUUUGUUUAUAUAUAUUACAUAUUUAAACCGUUGUGAUGUUUUAUACCAUUUUAGUUUUUCUCAUGAAAUUCAGAUCUUUAUGACAAUGAAGAAUAAUUUAUUUAAGUAAUGAGUUAAAAGGAAUAUUUACUUGCAUAGUAAUCUCCAUUCCAUAUAAGACUAUUAAAUUUAUUUGUGUGAAUCUAAGUACAUGUAUUACAGAUGAUAUUAAUCAAGCAUUAAAAGUACUUAAUUUUAGAUGUCAAGGAGUCAUAAAUCUAAAUUCUACAUACUAAAAUCUAAAACUUUUACCAUCAGUUUAACCUUUUCUUAGGAGCUGGGACAUAUGUCCCAUGUGUUUACUAUAUUAAAUUGAUUAUUAUUGGUUUUUUUUUUUUUUUUUUUUUUUUUUGUUGUUGAUUGAAUAGUAGACUGAAUGGCUUUAGAACAUAAAAAAAUUAGUCUCUAUAGCCAAUGUGAAAACAACAGUGAUAGUUUUGAAAAGAGGCAUUAUUGAAGACUGUAUCAUUUAGUGUUAAGAGGAAAAUUUUUAAACUAGAAAAAAAGCAUUAAAAAUCAUAAAUACUUCCUGAAAAUGCUAGGUAAUUUGUUGUUUGCCUUAAGGUUUACAAAUUUAGUGGACAGUCAUUAAAACCAAAAUUAAUUAUGUAUAAUUUUAAAAUUAAGAAUCUUGAAUGUUAUUUUUAUUAACCCAGUGCAUGUUUCUGUUAUUUUUUAAUUAAUUUUAAAAACAAAAAUAUUAUCCCCCUCAUAGCAUUUCCUUUUUUAUAUUAUUUAUUUAAUAAGUAGGUUUUGUAUUCUCGAUUAGAAAUGAUUGUACAUACCAUGUGUGUAUUAGAUAUAUGAAUAUUUUAUAGCAUUUUUACAUUUUUGUAAAAUUGGAAAUUGCAGUUAAAAUAUUGAUUACUAUGUAAGUAAAUAUGCUUAAGUUAUUCAAGCAUAUUAAAUCCAUUAACUAUGCACAUUAAUUUUAUCUCGAUUGUCUUGUGCAUUUUAAUACUAGUUAUAAAACUGCUUGUGCAUUUUAAUACUAGUUAGGUGAUUUUAAAUAUAACAGCUGUUUUGAGGUUACGAAAAUUUGAAACUAUCAUUAGUGAUGUGUUGCAUAAUUGGUAAAAGGGGUCCAGGACUCUUGCAUUUAUAUGAAUUUUGAAAUAAAUUCUGAUUUUUUGCUAUCUAAGUAAUAGAAAAUAAGAGUAUAUAUAUUAUUAUAGUCUUUGUUUAAAGAAUGUUCAUUAAAUUGCAAUGAAGUAGAAUUUUUAUAAGUUUUUACCUUUUCUCUUGUGAUUAGCGGCAUUACUAAUGAUUCAUAAAUUAACAAUAAUUUGAAAAGCAAGCUAUUUUCAGUAUUAUUUUUAAAUUUAUAGCUACUUUACUGAUGACAUCCUUUUGGCAUUUUCACUUACUGUGAAAAAAUUUUAAAAAACCACGGUUCUGUUAUGUAUAUUUCUGUGCAAAAUGAAACAAUAUGAAUUAUGUAAGCUGUUACUUUAUUACACAAACUGAUAUAUUAUAAAAAAAUAUUUGCUUUAUGAGGAUAAACUUUUCAAUAUCAAAUCAUGUGCAAAAUUUUAAAUUGAAUAUCUGGUUAAAAAUUUGUCCUCAAAAGAAAUCUGUAUAUUGCAACAAAUCAGUCAAGAGCAAGAUGUUCUGCACCAAUCUGUAGGUAUUAUUUCGAUCGGUUUUUAUUUAUUUAUUUUUUUUUAAAGGAAUAUGAAUGUGGUAGCUGACUGCUGUAAUGAAAUUGUACAAUAAAAAUAUCAACACUUUUAACCAUU